AUGCGGAGCACCGGCCCGGCCGCUACCGCGACGGUGACGCGGGUGGCGCAGAGGGUGGUGGCCCCGUCGGCGCCGACGCCCGGCGGCGAGCUCCCGCUCUCCUGGCUCGACCGCUACCCCACGCAGCGCGCGCUCAUCGAGUCCCUCCACGUCUUCAAGGGCCGCGCCGGCGACGAUGCCGCCGAGUCCCCGGUCAGGGCCAUCGAGGGCGCGCUGGCCGCCGCGCUCGUGAGCUACUACCCCAUCGCCGGCCGGCUCGCGCUGUCCGACGGCGGCGAGCUGGUCGUGGACUGUACCGGCGAGGGCGUGUGGUUCGUGGAGGCCACCGCGAGCUGCACCCUCGAGGAGGUGGACUACCUCGAGUACCCGCUCAUGGUGCCCAAGGACGAGCUGCUGCCGCACCCCACCUACCCCGCCUCCGACCCGCUCGCCGAGGACUCCGUAAUCCUUCUAGUCCAGGUCACGCAGUUCGCCUGCGGCGGCUUCGUGGUCGGGUUCCGGUUCAGCCACGCCGUGGCGGACGGGCCCGGCGCGGCGCAGUUCAUGUCGGCGAUGGGCGAGAUCGCGCGCGGGCGCGCGGCGCCGUCGCUGGCGCCGGCGUGGGGCCGCGAGGCGAUCCCGAGCCCGCCGGCCGCGCCCGUGGGCCCGCUCCCGGUGCCGACGGAGCUCCGGCUGCAGUACCUGGCCAUGGACAUCUCCACCGACUACAUCGACCACUUCAAGGCCCGGUUCCUGGAGGAGACGGGGCACCGGUGCAGCGCGUUCGAGGUGCUGAUCGCCAAGGCGUGGCAGGCCCGCACCCGCGCCGCCGGGUUCGCGAGGGGCUCCCCGGUGCACGUGUGCUUCGCCAUGAACGCGCGGCCCGCGCUCCGGCCCCGCGCGCUGCCGGACGGGUUCUACGGCAACUGCUACUACAUCAUGCGCGUGUCGGCGGCGGCGGAGGCCGUGUCGGAGGCGCCGCUGAACGAGGUGGUCCGGCUGAUCCGCGAGGGCAAGAAGCGGCUCCCGUCCGAGUUCGCGCGGUGGAGCCGCGGCGAGGCGGGCGGCGACGGCGACCCGUACCGCAUCACGUCGGACUACCGGACGCUGCUGGUGUCGGACUGGUCGCGGCUGGGGUUCGCGGAGGUGGACUACGGGUGGGGCGCCCCCGUGCACGUGGUGCCGCUCACCAACCUGGACUACAUCGCGACGUGCAUCCUGGUGCGCCCCUCCGCGCACAAGCCCGGCGCGCGCCUCAUCACCCAGUGCGUCGCCGCCGACGGCGUCGACGCCUUCCACCGCGACAUGAUGCGCCUCGACUGA